AUUAGGCUAAUUUCAUUCACUUGUGACUUGUUUAUGUUUUCCAGUCGCGUAAAACUCUCCUCUAAACUCCAAGUGCGUGCAGCUGCUCUUCAGUUCCAGUUCCAGUUCCAGAGUACAGCCCUCCGCAAUCUGAAGUUCCGGCCUAUUUUCUCCGUCGACAGGGGUUUCUCAGGCGUUUCAGUUCAAGUCUUUUGACGUGCCAAUAGAAGAUUCCAGCAAUCGGGAGUUCUACGGCAAGAAGUUUGACGACGACAGCGACGUGACGACAGAAAUAUAUUUCAGAUUUGUGUUUUUCCAUUUUUUUCACUUACAAUUUUUUAAUUUUUGGCUUAAAUUGAUUGAACCCUAACUUUGGAAUUAGGGUUUCUGAAUUGGGGGUUUCGUUGGGCAACCAUACAUUUGAAGAGAGUUAGUUUAUUCAUAUUUCAGGUGUUUCAAAUUGUUAUGUAUUCAAGAGUCAAUUACAGGAAUACGCUCAAAAAAUGGGACUUCAAACGCCUGUUUAUGAGACUACUAAGGAAGGCCCAUCUCAUGAGCCUUCAUUCAGAUCUGCUGUGGUAGUGAAUGAUGUCAGAUAUGAAUCUUUGCCUGGUUUUUUUAAUCGUAAGGCAGCGGAGCAGUCAGCUGCUGAAGUUGCACUUAUGGAAUUAGCAAAACUUGGUCAAGUGAAUCCUUCCAUCUCCCACCCUGUUCAUGAAACAGGUUUAUGCAAAAAUCUACUUCAGGAAUAUGCACAAAAGAUGAACUAUGCUAUUCCAAUGUAUCGGUGCCAAAAGGAUGAAGCACCAGGACGAGUGCCUCAUUUUUCAUGUACUGUUGAAAUUGGAGGCAUUCAGUAUAUUGGCGCUGCAGCAAGAACAAAGAAAGAAGCAGAGAUCAAAGCUGCUAGAACUGCACUAUUAGCCAUCCAAUCAAGUGCAUCUGAGUUAUCUGGCUCACCAGGUGGCAAUUCUCAGCUAACUGUAAUUCCUUGCAGGAAGAGGGGAACAGAGUCGGUUGAUAAGCCUAAGGUGGACGAGACUGUAAAUGUUCCAAAGCCAAAGAAAGCUAGAUUCAAAAAGAAAACAUUGAAAAAGUUUUCUGGAGACAAAACAGGUCGCAACAUGGCUCUUAAUGUAGCUGCUAAUUUGGAUGGAUCGCAAAUUGGUCAAACUAAUGCACCUGGCAUUCAAGUUGUGGGUUCCGAGGCUAUGUUUACAGAAGAAGCAGCUAGGAAUUUCCAAGGAGGGAGACUGGACAUUGAACCAUCUGAGGGGGAAACAUUUUCUGUGAAAGAUCCUUCCACUAUAAAUGGGCAUUCAACAGCUACAAAAUGUAACCAAAGUGUUCAUGAGGCAACUGGAUAUUCAUCAGUUGUAAAUUCUAAUCAAAGUGGUCUUGAAGGUCUGAGCAGCUCAAUGUCUUAUGGAGACGCAGCUGCUUUGAUGAAGGAGGAAAAAGAGGCUAAUGUGCAGUCGACAGUUGCAAAUUCUAAACAAAAUAGUGGUGAAGCUAUAACCUUGGUAACAUCUGUAUCUUUUGAUGAUACUACUGUUUUGGCCAAGGAGGUGAAUGAGACAACUAGAGUCUAGCAGGUGUCUCCACCAGUAAAUAAUCCCAUUCUGAAGCAAUAGUACCUCAAUGAAAUAGUGUCCUUUUAAGGCUUGGAAUUUGUUUUGCAGUUAGAAAAGUUGAUGGGUGAGAGGGAUCGGUGUAUCCAGAUCUUGAAAUGAAAUGUAACGGCUUUUAUAGACUGGGAGCAUGGACCUUAUAUCUGAAUAGUAGAUGUCAUUUACUUGUUAUCUUUGUAUGCUGUAGUGGCUUCAUUCGGAACUGAUUUCCUUGGUUGUUUUACCGUGUUGAAAACUUCUUUUUAGUUUGGCUUAA